UUACUUUAGUACAAGGAGCUAGGGUCAUGUUUUUACAUAAUCAAUAUAAUCAAUUAUUCUCAGAUGGAUUGUACAAUGGUUCCAUUGGUAUAGUAUUGGAAGUUCUUAAUGAUGAAAAUACAAUAGUUGCAUUUCCAUUAACCCAAGAAAUUUCUUGUACAAAAGUUGUUAAAGAAACAGUUUACUUUAACAUACAUGGUUCCCAUACACAAUGA